AAAUUCAACAUUCCAGCAUCGUUCUUCACUCAUUUUUUGAAACGACGGGCUCGGAAGUAUGUCGUUGGCUCAAUCUACCUUCUACCUUCUAUUUGUUGCAUUUUUGGCAGUUGUGAUCGCUGUAACAGCUGACAAACAACAGUCGGCUUAUGAUUUGGAAACACCUAUUUCAGCUUACAAACGAUUCUACUCAUGGGAGGAUGCAAAGAGGGCGGCUUCAUCUGAAGAAGGAAUGAGGAAUAAGAGAAAACAAUUUUACGCAUGGGCCGGAAAACGAUCAUCGGCACCAGUUCACUAUUUUGAAGACUCAAUUGCCCAAGAAGCUGGACCAUCAAUGGAAAAAAGGAAGCAGUUUUACGCAUGGGCCGGGAAAUAACUCAAAUAUUAUUUUUCUAAAAAUACAAUGACAGUAGCAUUAUCUGUUCUUUUCUCUGUGUGUGUAUGUUUCAACUUCUGUCUCUGAAUCUCACAAUCUCUACCUAUUUUUGUUUUUUUCCUGAUCAACAACUCUGACAUCUUCUUCUCGAUUUCCUUUCAUUUUUAAUUUUUUGAAUCAUGAAUUUUGAACGACUCAAUAAAAAUGGACUCAGUUUG